ACCUUAUACACCUUACGUAACUACUAUAACGACUUCACAACCAUAGACUGGGCCAAAGCCUUUAUCCUGACAAAUAGAUUCAAUUACGAGUUGGAAAAAAACACCUGGAUCCAAGAUGACUACGAAACCAGUGAAAGUACAAGUGGUAAAAGAAGAACACCUAUUCCUUUCUACUACAAGUCAUACUUGGUGCUCGGUAAAUGGGUGCUUAUUGUAAUUAUAGGCUUCGUAUUCUCGUUGAUUGCUUUCGCCAUCGACAAGUUUGAGAUUCUUCUUAUUGGCUUCAAACACGGCUACUGUAGGACGAAUUGGUUUGCGAGUCAGGUCUCAUGUUGUGCCAAUUCGGUUGCUGGGCCAACAUCUUCCGAAUCGUACCCUCUGUCUAUGAUGUACAUGAAUGUAUUCAAGCUGGGCUACCUCUUGAACACCCGUAACAAUUUGGAGGUUUGUCCUGAUUGGAUCUCGUGGUCCGCUAUAUUCUCGAAAGAGCCUCUCUACAAUCUUUUCAGGUUCGAUUUCCUUAUUUAUGUUGUUUUAACAGUAGUCUUGGCUCAGUUGGCUUGUAUCAUCACUUUAUCAACUAAACUAACUGGCGGAGUAACUGGAACAAAUGAAGAACAUCAUGAAUCUUCUUCUUCAGAUGACGAUAACGAAAAGGCUGCUGCCCAGAUUUCUCCUCGUGUCAUGUACUCUGCUUGUGGAUCGGGGGUACCAGAAGUCAAGACUAUCUUGUCUGGUUUUGUUAUUCGUCGUUUUCUUGGAACAUAUACAUUGUUUGCUAAAACAAUAACUCUUGUACUUGCUAUUGCCUCAGGCAUGGCUCUUGGCAAAGAGGGCCCGUAUGUACAUUUGGCAACUGCUGUAGGUAACAUCGCAUCAAGAUUCUUCCCGUUCAUCGAGAGCAAUAAUUUAUUGAAAAAGCAAAUAUUGUCUGCAAGUGCUUCAGCUGGCGUUGCCCUUGCCUUUGGCUCCCCGUUAGGAGGAGUUCUCUUUAUUCUCGAAGAAAUAAAUCAUUAUUUACCAUCACAUCACUUGUUUCAAAUCUUCUUCUGUGCUAUCAUUUCAACGCUUUUCUUGAAAUUCUUGAAUCCAUACGGAACUGGUAAUACAGUUUUGUUCGAGUUGAAAUACAAUUCAGAUUGGAGCGCAAUUGAGCUUCUCUUUUUCGUAGGAUUGGGAAUAGCAGGAGGUCUAUUCGGGGCCAGUUUCGUGAAAUUCGUUCAGUGGUGGCCCAAAAAGUUCCGUACCAAAAAGCUCAUCAAGGACCAUCCCGUUUUUGAAGUCUUCUGUAUCGCUCUACUAACUGGUUUAAUAACGUUUUGGAAUCCAUAUACAAAACAGGCUGCUUCAGAAUUGGUCUUAGAUCUUGCUACUCCUUGUGGCUUAAAGGAAAUAGAUGGUUCAUUGUGCCCAGCAACUCCUGAGCAAUACAUCAAAGAAAUUGGAUCAUUGAUAUUUGCGUUUGUCGUGAAAGUCAUAUUGACCUUUGUCACAUUUGGUUUGAAAGUACCUUGUGGUAUUUACGUUCCUUCAAUGGUGGCAGGAGCAUUAUACGGUCGUAUCUGUGCCAUGUUGAUUCAAUUAUUUAAUCUCAAAUACAACCUUAACAUCGUUGACGUAUCUUCGGUUUCAACUACUACCUCGGUUAUGCGUUUCAUUUGUUCGUCCAAAUCAGACCAUUGCGUAGAUAUGGGAAUUUAUUCGAUGAUUAGUGCUGGUGCUUUCAUGGCAGGUGUAACAAGAAUGAACAUUACAUUGGUCAUAAUCUUAUUCGAACUAACCAGUUCCUACACUUAUGUUUUGCCUAUUUCUAUCUCAAUUGCUGUUGCAAAUUGGGCUGGUGGAUUGUUAGAAAAGAAUUCUUUAUAUGAGACUAUGUUGAUUAUGAACGAUUAUCCAUUCAUGUCAUCAGAAACAGAAGCCAUCGAUCCAUUUUUAACAGCUGGAGAUAUCAUUCAUGCAACUGAUAAGAUUCCUACAAUAGAAAUCAGUCGUGACUUGUCUGAUCAUGAUCAUGAUCAUGCCAACAGAUUAUAUUUAGACGUCAGUGAGUCUCCGUACGUGCCUGCUUCCUUGUUGCAGUCUAAAUUCAUCUUAUUGGUCGACCAGGGUUUGUUGGAUGGUUGUCUUCCACUAAUCAAGAACCAAGUGUGUGUUGGAUUGCUUUUCUUUUCAGAUUUGGAACUUUGUCUAGAUAAGCUUAAAGGAUUCUGUCUGGAAUACGAAGUGGUUGAUGAAAUCUAUUGCAAGCUAUUAGUCUCAGAUGGCUACGACCACAGAAAUAACGAUACUAUCAACAUGCAUGAACGACAUAAUUCUGCUGUGGUUCAAAACAUCCAAGGUGGUGGCAAUCAAAUGGAUUAUUUCAGUUAUGGUUCAAUCGAUAAUGGGGUCGAUUAUUUGGUAUCUGAAGUACUAGAAUCUUUCACAAACUUAACUCAAUAUGUUGACUACUCGCCUAUAUUCAUAAAUUACGACAGCGAGUUGAGCUUUGCUCACUUGAUUUUCGACAAGAUCGGCAACAGAGUCAUUGUUCUCCUUAAAAAUGGUCAUUUCUACGGCGUUUUGCAUAAGAAAGUGCUUAUCGACUAUUGUAGACGGGUAACUUGA